CUCACUAUAAAAUCACCCCUAACUUCUCCCAUUUCUUCACGCUUCCAUAUCUUCUCAACCUACAUUCUUAUUUCUUACAGAGGAAGAGUUAAUUAGAGAGCAUCGUGACAAAGCGAAAGCGUAACUAAGAGUAAGCUAAGACGAUGGAGUUCAUCAUUAGCAAGAGCAACAACCAAAAUAUGAUUUGUUAUGUGCUAGGACUUGUGUUGUUUUUCGCUAUGGCUUCAGCCAAAGUUCAAUACCAUGAUUUUGUUGUUCAAGAAACACCAGUGAAGAGGCUGUGCAAAAGUUUGAAUGCUAUUACAGUGAAUGGACAACUUCCUGGACCUACCUUGGAAGUUUACGAGGGAGACACCCUUGUUGUCAAUGUUGUUAACAGGGCUAAAUACAAUGUCACUGUUCACUGGCAUGGGGUACGACAAAUGAGGACCGGGUGGGCUGAUGGACCAGAGUUCGUGACACAGUGCCCUAUCCGACCAGGAGGUAGCUACACAUACCGCUUCACGAUUAGAGGGCAAGAAGGGACUCUAUGGUGGCACGCUCAUAGUUCAUGGCUAAGGGCCACUGUCUAUGGAGCUUUAGUUAUUCGUCCUAGGCAAGGAACUCCAUACCCGUUUCCUAAGCCUAACCGCGAAACACCAAUUCUUCUUGGAGAGUGGUGGAACCGUGAUCCCAUUAGUGUGAUCAGGCAAGCCACUAGAACUGGUGCAGCCCCAAAUGUGUCUGAUGCCUACACCAUCAACGGUCAACCUGGAGAUCUCUACAACUGUUCUAAACAAGAUACUGUUAUUGUCCCCAUCGACAUAGGCGAAAGGCACCUACUACGAGUGAUCAACGCCGCCCUAAACCAAGAGCUAUUCUUCUCCGUGGCAAACCACCAGUUAACAGUGGUUGGGGCUGAUGCAGGGUACCUUAAGCCGUUCACCACCAAUGUUCUAAUGCUCGGUCCAGGGCAAACCACAGACGUUCUUAUCUCUGGAGACCAAGCUGCAGGGCGGUACUAUAUCGCAGCCAAGCCUUAUCAAAGCGCACAAGGAGUAGCCUUUGACAACACCACAACCACAGCAAUCCUUGAGUACAAGUCAGUAGCUUGCCUUCCUAAGGGUGCUGCCAAACCUACCCCUGUGUUCCCAUCACUCCCAGCCUUCAAUGAUACCGCCACUGUCACCGCCUUCACAAACAAGCUCCGAAGCCCAAGGCGGGUCUCUGUGCCACUUGAGAUCGACGAAAACCUCUUCUUCACUGUGGGUCUAGGCCUAAACCAAUGCCCACCAAACUUCAAUAGCAACCAAUGCCAAGGCCCAAAUGGUACCAGGUUCACUGCUAGCAUGAACAAUGUCUCUUUUGUCCUUCCCUCAAACUGGUCCCUUCUUCAAGCCCACAAGUUCGGCGUUCCUGGGGUGUUUACCACCGACUUCCCUGCCCAACCUCCAGUUACAUUCGACUACACCGGAAACGUUAGCCGCUCACUUUGGCAGCCUCAGACUGGUACUAAGCUCUAUAAAAUGAAGUAUGGGUCUAGAGUGCAAAUUGUGAUCCAAGGUACAAGCAUAGUUACCGCAGAAAACCACCCCAUGCACAUCCAUGGUUAUGACUUCUACAUCCUCGCACAAGGUUUUGGCAACUUUAAUCCCAGAACUGAUACCAAAAAAUUCAACCUCAUCGACCCCCCUAUGAGGAACACAGUUGGUGUUCCUGUCAAUGGAUGGGCCGUCAUUCGAUUUGUCGCCGACAAUCCAGGAGUAUGGUUAAUGCAUUGUCACUUGGAUGUGCACAUAAGCUGGGGGCUAGCUAUGGCUUUCGUGGUCGAAGACGGUGUCGGAGAGCUGGAGAGUCUAGAGGCUCCACCUCAUGAUCUUCCGAUAUGUUAAAUGAAGAUCACACAACAACACACAGUAUAAAUGGAAAUAAUAAUCAAGUAUAGUGAAUUAAGGGAACUUACAAUUUUUAUUCAGUGCAUAGAAAUCAUUAUUUGAAAGAAUGUUCAUUAGUUAUAUUUUGUUAUGUUGUAAUUGUUUCUUUGUUGGUUUUGUUACAAAUUAGAUAAGUCAGGGUUGAAAGAGAAAAAGAGUUGUUGUCUCGUCUGUAUUUCCAAAAGAAAACAGCAGACAUGCACCUAGGUAGAAGUUAGCCUGACAUGAUAUUUCAUGAUUUAUUUUUGAUCAGUUGUACUAUACUUGUAUUCAGUUACAGAAAUAUAAUUCAAUUUUUGGGAUUA